UUGAAGGGUACAAUCUAGGUUCAGGUUGGCAUAUAUUGUUUUCUACAAUGGGAUGAAUUUGUGGUUCUCCAAUUAACUGUUCUCGAUUCAGUCGUCCUUGGAACAUAAAGAAGCUUGUUAAGUUUAGCUGAUGACUUUUUCUACAUGUGAUGAAUCUCUGAGAUAUGGUACCACAGAGGAAGGUGGAUUAUGGCUUCAAUGGCUACCAAAUGCCUGAGGUUCCUCGAGCUUCUAGAUCAGCUAGGGGAAAGGGACCUAUAAGGAAGAAACUUGAAGACAAUCAGAUUCAUGCAUUUGAGAUUUUGGCUAGUGUAGCGGGUAAACUUUUGGAGAGUGAAAAUCCUCUACCUAGUAAUGCUUCUUGUGGAAAGGAUCCUCAUUACAUGGUUGAUGAUAUCAUAGGGAAGCAACAGACUGAAGGAAACUCAUUGAAGGAAGAACUGUGUGAGUUGGGAAGCUGGGAAGAUGAAGCCUCUCAACUUGCCUGUGGGGUGCAAGGUCACCAACAAAGUCAUACUCUGAAUCAGUUCUCACAUCCACAAGAAAACUUCAGUUUUGAGAUGAGCGCAACAUCAAAAAGUAAUGAUCACUUGGGGAAGGUUUGUUUUGCUAAAAAGUUGGGUACAGUUGAUAGCAGUUCUUCUUGUGGAAGCUAUUCUAACAAAGUAAUCAGUGACUGUCCCUUAUCUGGGGAUUUGAUUGAUGAGGAAGAGAAAGCACAUGCUGUACAAAAGAGGAAACUAGAGGCUGAACCUUCAAAGGAUACAAACAUAAAGGAUGCAAAUGCCCAUGUUUUAGUCUGUUCAGAAGAUUGGAUAGAAAUGAAAGGAAACCCUCCUGAACUGGUCAGUUCUGAACAUGAUGUAAAGGAGCCUUUCUCAGGGGACUGCAAAAUUCAUGGUUCUUUCCUCUGCCAUUGUGUUAAAGUAAUUAGUAGAGAUGAUGACGAAAAUUCUGUUGGGUAUGUCCAACCCUGUACCAUCAUAGAGGAGUUUGAGCACAAACCAAAUGUUGGUGAUAGGAAAAUAAAGAAUAUGUCGGCAUCCAAGCGCUGGAGAAUAGCUCCAGAUAUGAAGAUUGGGGGUUAUCAUAGAACUGAUGGGAAAGUUUACCGUAAUGGGAGACCUUGUUACGCGCAUCAAAGAUCACAGAAGAAUUAUCCUUUUAAGAAGAGAAAGUUCUUUAACCAGAAGCCAUUUGCUACGUCUGAUAGAGACUGUAACUGUGAAAACAUAGUUAGUUCUCCUGACAACAGAGAGGACGGUGGCAACUGUAAUGCAGCAAGUGGACGGUCAUCCUCAGCAACAGGUCGAGAACCUCUCAAGUCCAGUGAUCGUAAUGUGAGGCUUAGUAUUAAAUCCUUCAAAGUUCCCGAGCUUUUCUUUGAAAUUCCCGCAACUGCAACUGUCGGUUCUUUGAAGAGGACAGUAAUGGAGGCAGUAACUUCUAUACUUGGAGAUGGACUACAUGUUGGUAUGCUGCUUCAGGGAAAGAAGGUCAGAGAUGACAACAAAACAUUACUUCAGACUGGGAUUUCGCAUGAUGACAAGCUUGACAAUUUGGGUUUCUCCUUGGAGCCCAAACAUACAAAGCUGAUGUAUUCUCAAUGCGGCGAUGAUCCUUCCUCUGUAUCUGGCAGACGCCAGGAGUUAAUUAGGCAUUCGUCUUUGGUCUCACGACCAAGGACUUCAAAUAUCUCUCUGAAUCCUCCGAUAAUCAAUUUGGGCAGCAGUGUUGACAAAGACUUAAAAGCAGUACUCCCUCCUGCUAGUACUUCAAUUGACAAAUCUCCACCAGUAUCCCAAGCUCUGGUUGCAGUUCCACCAAUUACCGCAAAGCCACUGGCUGUGGUUCCUUUUCAUAGGAGAUCUGGGCAUUCAGCAUAUGUACAGCGCCGGAUGAGGAGACCUUUCUCUGUUUCAGAAGUAGAAGCAUUGGUUCAGGCUGUUGAGAAACUUGGAACGGGAAGGUGGCGUGAUGUUAAAAUGCAUGCUUUUGAUAAUGCAAAACAUCGUACUUAUGUGGAUUUGAAGGACAAGUGGAAAACAUUGGUGCACACAGCAAGGAUCUCACCUCAGCAAAGGAGAGGAGAACCAGUUCCUCAGGAGCUUUUGGACAGAGUCCUAGCCGCACAUGCCUAUUGGUCUCAACGGCAAGCCAAGCAACAGCUCAGAGUAGCGGCUUGAUAACUGGAAUGGAGCAGGUAAAUAAAGCUUAAUUUUAGAACUUGCUAUCUCGUGAUUUCGUAAAUUGUAUGUAAAAAGCUGACAGGUAGGAAAAUUGUGGUGUAAAUGGUCCUUAUGUAAUAUGCUACUCGAUUCACAAGACACCAAUCUAGCUCUUCUUUCCCAGUAUAACGUCUUGUGUGUUUUGUAAAUCAUUGAUUCUGCAACGAGAACAUGCUCAGACAGUUGAUUCAAUCCCUUCAUUGAAUUUUCA